AUGGCCAAAGGUCCUUUUCCGCACGAAGACUCGGUGGGACUCGAGACUGUUUGCUCGAGCCCUGACGACACUACGAAUUCCGAGCCUGAGCUUGAAUCUGAGGCGGCGCGGAAGGCCCGUUUAGGCAGAAAUAUCCGUGCGUGUGCCCAAGUACUGGGAGCCUUCUUUGUGUGCUUCAAUAUCUGGGGACUAAAUUUCGCUUUUGGGUCGUUCCAGAGCUUCUACGCUCUCACUUAUAUCCCGUCUUCCUCAUCAUCCUCGAUUUCUUGGGUCGGCACUUUCCAGUCAUGGCUGAUGAUUGCGUGCGGUCUCAUAUCCGGGCCGCUUUUUGACAUGGGUUUCUUCUGGUCUAUGAUGAUUAGCGGCACCCUUCUCUCAGUGCUGGGCUUCAUGAUGCUGAGCUUGAGUAAGGAGUAUUACGCAAUCUUCUUGAGUCAGGGGAUUACAAUAGGGCUGGGCUUCGGUCUGCUUUACGUGCCAACUAUUGCCUUGAUCAGCCGAAGAUUCUCUCGUAAUCGCGCCGUUGCUCUCGGAGUGGCUACCAGCGGAGCCCCGGCGGGAGGCAUCAUCUACACUGUCAUCUUCAAUCAGCUCAUAGCCAGGGUAGGCUUCGGUUGGACGGUGCGGGUGAUGGCUUUUGUGAUGCUCGCUUUUUUCAUACUUGCAGCCUUGUUUCUCACAUUGGAACCGAGUGUGGAAAAUGAUCAAUCGACGGACAAACCACGACGACUCUUUGAUGCUCGAGCAAUGAAGGACCUUCCUUUUUGGAUUUUUUCCAUCGCAAAUUUCUUGAUCUACCUCGGGUACAUCACACCAUACUAUUACAUACCCACAUAUGCGCAGACACAACUUCACACGUCAAGGUCCACGGGGUCGUACAUUCUGAUGGGCUCGCAGGCGGCUUCCAUCAUUGGUCGUGUGCUGACAACCAUCCUCGCCCAUCGCCUUGGAUCGAUGGUUUCUUGGAUUCUGUGUGGCAUUUUAUCGGGCGUCCUUUGUCUGAGCUGGAUAAGUGCAAGCAGCAUAGCCAGAUUUGUGGUUUUUGUCGCAUUCUAUGGGGCAAUCUCGGGUGCUUUGGUUCCUCUUCCUCCAAGUGUCUUUGCUCACCUUCAAUAA